GAAAAACUGCGUCACGGUAGGAUUCGAAUGAGCAAUAUCUUAGUUUUCUACCAGGUGCUCUACCAACAGAGCUAAGAGACCCAGAAGCAGAUUGCAUCUUAAUUUCACUUCAAAUACUGAGGACUUUGCCCAACUACCAUAUGAAUUCGUGGCGCGUUACAAUUCAUUCAUCGUAUACACAAUGGCUGCCCAACCGAAAACCCGGAAGUUGCUGGUUCAAAUCAGUCGCUGCCCAGAUUUUUGUUCCACCUUCAAUCAUCACCCAGUACCGAUAAGUUUAUUGGUAUUCUAAAUGUGAAAGGUUUGUGUCUGAGUGUUUGCAGUAUGAACCUUGUGAGCAUCUGGUGAGGAGUUAAGAAAUACGAUUAAUUUAUCUCACUCUGUGAAUAUCAUGUAGCUUAAAUCGUUGAAUUACAUUUCUUAAUGGAUUUUAAAUGAGAAGUGGUAAAGCAGCAGUUCACCUGUAAAUGAUCAAUCAAAAUCUACUGGAAAACUUUAUCAGUAAUUUUCAAACAAAACUAAAGGAGAUAUACAGAAAUUGUGAUACACAUCGUCUCACCGAAUAUAAUGCAGCUGUGAAAAUUCAAGCGUGGUUUCGUGGUAUCAGAACGCGGUGUUACUUAAAAUUUCUGGAGAGAUGUACAGUUAACAUUCAGAAAACUUGGAGAGGAUAUUUAGGUCGUAAACACUAUCGACGUAUAUUAUCGGAAGCAGUUGUUGAAUUUCGUCAAAAUAAAUUUAGUUUGGCUGCAGCUAAAAUUCAAAGUGCAUGGAAAGGUUAUUUAACAAGGAAAUAUGUGUUCAACUUUUAUUCACGUAAAGUUUACCUAUCAGCAUUAAUCGAUGUUGGAGAAUUCGUCAAGAAUCAGUUGAAUGAAUAUGAAAAAGAAAUGAAACGAUUGAAAUUUAAAGAAGAACAAGAAUGUGAACGGAAGCGAAUAUUAAAUUGGGCAAAAUCACAUCAUUUUCUUGUUUCUACAUACUGUCAACCAGGAAUAUAUCAACACAGUGAUAAAACACCAAGUGACAGGGAACGGCUUUUGCUAUCAGUUCGUCAAGAAUUGAUCAAAGAUAAAAAGAAGAGACCACAAAAUACUGGAUUGUUUUCAACGUCAUCAUCAUCUAAAGUUGAUUCAGUUUCAUCUUGCGGAUCUGAAAAGGAGUCAAAACAACUUCCAAAAAUAAAAGGUCCAUUCAGAAACCCAGAAGAAGUUAAAAAGUGGAUAAAUACACCUUUAAGUUUGUCAUUGCGGGUAUCCACAGACUACUUUUCAUUGGAAAAAGCUCAGCAAUCAUGGAAGUCAGAGGAAUGGAGUAAUAGAUUACACGAUAAUAAUUUUUAUGCUGGUCUUCCACCAUCGUUACCAUAUGAACGAUUAUUAUGGACAACAUCAACUUACGGUCCACUACCAUAUGGCACAAAGCACUUUCGAAAAUCAGAAGAUGAAGAUACACUGAAUUCUACCACUUACAAACUACCAAGAUUUCGUAAUGUAUUACGACCAAUUUCAUUAUUUGAUAAGUUUAACAAAGAAUACAUACCAGGUUAUGCAACGGGUUAAUUGUAACAUUAAUAUAAGUGUAAAACUUGGGCACUGUGGUCGAGUGUAAUUCCAUUUUAGUCUGUUUAUUAGAAAUAUCACACAGUGAAACAGUAGC